CCCACAUACCCUGAAAAAGCCACAAAAAACUAUGGAUGCCGGCCAUGAAAGCCUUCAGUAACCCCGUUUUCCCUGCAAAGGAGCCUCAUAACAGCCCUGCGAGGGAGGCUGAGUUGGAAGGUGGCACCCUGAGGAUGUACAUACCUGAACUCCUCUGGCCCAGAGCUCUGACUCCAGGAUCCUAUCUCCUCUCUGCAGAGUGUAACCCAGAUGGAAAGACAGCACAAAGGAUGAGGAGAUUGUGACCCAUGGAGAAAAGACCCUCACCCUCAAGCCAGAUGAAGCAGUUGCCUCAAGCAGCAGAGACUGACAUACAUGGAGGAGAUUUGAAACAGAGGUUUAUCCACAGAUGAUGGGGUGCCCGCUUCCCCUUUGCUUCAGGCAGCAAAAGGUCUUGUAGGCAGUGAGAGAAGAUUUAAAGUGCAUCACCAUUUCUGCUUCACAGAGAUGUAGUGAAAUGAGAGAAAGGAAAAGGAAAAGCCAAAAGAGCAGGCAGGGAAUUCUUAGGGAUGAAGCAAGUGGAAGGGAGCUGCACUCAAAAUGUGCCUUAUGGUCUUGGUUUGUGGCUAAGGAAAGGAAAACAUACACACACAGCCUGCCUAUCCUUGUCUUUUUUUCUUUUUUCUUUUUUUGGAGGGGGGAUAACUUUCUGUCCAUAGACAAGAACCACUUUUCAGUUUGGAUUUGGUUGUAAAACAUUUCUCAAAAGUGUCUUCAAGGCAGCUAAUUCACAGGAUAUCUUGUUUUCUUUGUAGGCCUCAGGCUCCCCAGUAAUUUCAUCUGAGGCAGAAUCUCGUAAAAGAAGAAAGUGCUUUUCUGGUGUGUUGGAAAUAAGACUCAGUCUGUCAUAAGUUAAGGAAAGGAUUUCACGCUCACCAGGCCGAGUACAGAAGAGAAGAGCCAUGCAUUUUUUGGGAAGAGCCAUGCAAAGGAGCUUGGGAGAGAAGAUGCUCAGUUCUGAGGUCCAGCGCCAGCACUUCAGACAGUAUGUCUAUCAGGAGGCGGCUUUGGGCCCCCGAAAGGUUUGCAGCCAGCUCCACAAUCUGUGCUGCCAGUGGCUGAAGCCAGAGAGACACACCAAGGCUGAAAUGCUGGACCUGGUGAUCCUGGAGCAGUUCCUGGCCAUCCUUCCCCCAGAGAUGGGGAGCUGGGUUCGAGAGUGUGGAGUGGAGACAACCUCCCAAGCAGUGGCCUUGGCAGAGGCCUUCCUCCUGAGCCAGGUGGCAGAGAAGAAGCAGGGAGAUAAGCAGGACUUGUUUGAAGAAGAAAUGCCUGAGGUAGAGAAGUAUCCUUCUGAACCCAGUCAAAGGCAGCAGCCCAAGUGGAUCACGCAGGACAGAGAAGGAAGGUUCUCCUCAAUAAGAGGUGGAAUAAAGACUGAGCCUAUAUGUACAAGCACAUCUCUUCAUCCUGAUGGACUCAGAACAGCUUCUAGGAGACUAAAUCAGGUGACCUUUGAGGAGGUGGCUGUGUAUUUCACGGAGGAAGAGUGGGCUCUGCUGGACCUGGGUCAAAGGUCCCUUCAUCGGAAAGUGAUGGAGGAGAAUUUUGGGGUCCUGUCUUCUCUGGAGAGUGAUGGUCAACUGAAGGAGUAUCAAGGAGAAACAUGCCAAGCAUUGGUGCAAAGAGACCAGUGCAAACAGUUAAAUGAGAAGGAAAGAAAGACUGAUACUGAAGAGGAGUGGAGGACCACACAUCCUUAUCAGAAAGAGAAUGAUGGCCAACUAAAUAAGUAUAAAGAAACAUGCCAAGCAUUGUUGCAAAGAGACCAAUGCAAACAGUUAAAUGAGGAAGAAAGAAAAACAGACACUAAAGAGGAAUGGAGGACCACACAUCCUUAUCAGAAUGGGAGACAUUUUUGUCAGAAGACAAAUCUCACUUGUCCUAAAGCAACUCACACAAGAGAGAAGUCAUUUAUAUGCCAGGAGCAUGGAAAAUGUUUUACUCAAAAAACACACCUCAUGUGUCAUCAAGCAACUCACACCGAGGAGAAAACAUUGAAAUGUCUAGACUGUGGAAAAGGUUUUACUCUGAAGUCCUCCCUUGCCCUUCAUCAAGUAAUUCACACAGGAGGAAAACCAUUUAAAUGGCAAGAAUGUGGAGAAAGUUUCAGCAAGAAGGCACACUUCACCUGUCAUCAAGCAACACACAAAGGAGAGAAACCAUUUAAAGGCCAAGAGUGUGGGAAAGCUUUUUUUCAGAAGACAAAAUUCACUCAACAUCAAGCAACUGACACAGGAGAGAAGCCAUUUAAAUGCCUGGAGUGUGCAAAAUGUUAUACUCAAAAGAGAGAGCUCACCUAUCAUCAAGCAACUCACACAGGAGAGAAACCAUUUAAAUGCCUGGAGUGUGGGAAAGGUUUUAUUCGGAAAACACACCUCACUUCUCAUCAAGCAAGUCACAUAGAAGAGAAGCCAUUUAAAUGUCUGGAGUGUGGGAAAGCAUUUAUUCAGAAGACACUCCUCAUUCAUCAUCAAGCAAGUCACACAGGACAGAAGCCAUUUAAAUGCCUGGAGUGUGGAAAAGGUUUCACUAAGAAGUCCUCUCUCACCCUUCAUCAAGUAAUUCACACUGGAGAGAAAGCAUUCAAAUGCCUGGAGUGUGGGAAAAGGUUCAGCCAGAAGGCACACCUCACCUAUCAUCAAAUAACUCACACAGGAGAGAAACCAUUUAAGUGUCUGGAAUGUGGAAGGACCUUUAAUCGGAAGACAUCCCUCACUCGACAUCAAACAACUCACACAGGCGAGAAACCAUUUAAAUGCCAAGAGUGUGGAAAAUGUUUCACUCAGAAGACCUACCUCACUUAUCAUCAAGCAAUUCACACUGGGGAGAAGCCAUUUAAAUGCCAAGAGUGUGGAAAAAGUUUUAUUAUGAAGAUCGAUCUCACUCAUCAUCAAAAAAUUCAUACAGGAGAGAAACCAUUUAAAUGCAUGAACUGUGGAAAAGGUUUCACUUGGAAGACUUCCCUCACUCGACACCAACCAACUCACACGGGAGAGAAGCCAUUCAAAUGCCUGGAGUGUGGAAAACAAUUCACCCAGAAGAUAAACCUCAUCCGUCAUCAACCAACUCACAGAGGAGAAAUGCCUGGAAUGGAGAAAGGGGGAGAAAUCACACCAGAGGUUAAAGAAUCUUCAGGCUAAAUUUUUUAGCUCUCUUCAACCUCCCACACCAAUUCCUAAUAGAGUUUUAGUGUUCAAAACUAGAGAAUGCUGUCUAAUGGCAAGGGCUGAGAUUGCAAUGAUGGAAAGAGCUGAUAAGUUUGCCAAGAGACAGUGUGAAUAGAGAAAACAAUACGGGACCCAUAUUUACUGUAUGUCAGUAUCGUAUUAGUAGAAAAUAUUUCCAUCGUGACAUUGGCGUUUGCAAUGUUGCAAUGUUUUUGUCUGAGGUGGUCAGGAUGAUAACUUCUGUACUAGAAUAAAUGUAUGAAAUAA